GUUAAGACGAAGUAUUUAGACGGGGCAGACGGUAAGCCUGUUAUACUGGUGGCUUUUGGCACCAUGCUAAAUCAGAUGGAUCACAUGACCAACGGCAAGUUAAGAAUACUGCUCGACACAUUUCGAGGAAUAAAAACUCACUUCUUCGUGUGGUCGAUAGACAGAGACACGAAGGGCAUAUCACUACCAAAAAAUAUCAAGAUGUUCCGAUACGUACCGCAGAAUGACAUACUAGGUCACCCUCAGGUGGUUGCGUUCAUGACGCACGGCGGUUUGAACAGCGUGUGGGAAGCGCUCUACCAUGCCGUACCGAUGGUGGUGAUGCCACUUCAUGCCGACCAAUACAAGAACGCGGGUAACAUCGUUAACAGGGGGAUCGGCGUGCGGGCCGAUUUCCGCGGUGGCUUCUCGGUGGAGGAACUCACGGCCACGCUCAAGAGUCUGUUGGAAGAUGAUAGGUACGAAUCCGAAAUCCGGAGACUGUCGGACAUAUAUCACUUGGAUCCGGUGAAGCCUGCAGAGACCGUCAGAAUGUGGAUAAACUACACUAUUAACACACGUGGGGCAGCUCACCUGCACUCGGCUUGCACGGAGCUCUAUUUCUUUCAAUAUUGGCUAUUAGAUGUGAUAGCAUUUGCUACCUUCGUUAUUUUUGGAAGUUUUGCCGUUGUUGCGUAUGUAGCGUAUAUAUUAGUAUACGGAAGAGCUGGAAACGUGAAAACAAAAUCGCAUAAAUCCAAAGAAGGAAAGAAAAAGAGAAAUCAAGACGAAAAUGUUACAAUUAACGGGAAAAAAUGUGACGAUCCAGUAGAAAAAGAGAAAUUGACGUCACGAAAACGUAAAAAAGAAAAGAACAUUUAGAAAAAUAAAUAAAAAAUUGUAAAUAAAUAUGUUGCAAAAUAGUACGUUACCGUACAGUACAUGCGUGUAUAAAAUUCGCUCCUUGCGGAGCCUGGUGGAUCUUACAACAUCUGUAUUCGUUGUAGAUGCAAAAUAAUUCGAACGCUAGCGCUGUGUGUUUGGUUGGUAGAUAAAUCCCCAUUGACCUA